AUGAAGCUGCUGGCUUCCAUCGCCUUCCUGGCCACGCUUGCGGUGACACUGGGACACCCUGACCCCGCACUGGACUGGCACUGGCAGCUCUGGAAGAAAACCUACGGCAAGGAGUACCGCCACGAGAAAGAGGAAGUGGACCGGCGUGUGACAUGGGAGAGGAACCUGCGACUGGUGAUGCUGCAUAAUCUGGAGCACUCCCUGGGGCUGCACUCCUACGAGCUGGGCAUGAACCACCUGGGAGACAUGACCAGCGAGGAAGUGGCGGCUUUGUUAACUGGGCUGAACGUUGCUCCUCGGCCAAACCGGACCUCCACGUACCGACCGCAGCCUGGCAGCAAAGUCCCGGACACGGUGGACUGGAGGGAGAAGGGAUGCGUCACGGAUGUGAAGAACCAGGGUGCUUGUGGGUCGUGCUGGGCGUUCAGCGCCGUGGGAGCCCUCGAAGCCCAGGUGAAGCUGAAGACGGGGAAGCUGGUGUCCCUGAGCGCCCAGAACCUCGUUGACUGCACCAGGAGCUAUGGGAACGAAGGCUGUGGUGGAGGAUGGAAAACCAAAGCUUUCCAGUACAUCAUUGACAACCAAGGGAUUGACUCGGAUGCAUCCUACCCCUACACGGCUCAGGACGGCACGUGCCGCUACAACCUGACGGCGCGGGCAGCCACGUGUUCCAGGUACGUCGAGCUGCCGCAUGGCGAUGAGGCCGCGCUGAAGGAUGCUGUCGCCAACGUGGGGCCCAUCUCUGUCAGCAUUGAUGCCAGACAGCCCACCUUCUUCUUGUACAAAGCUGGUAUCUACCAUGACCCAAACUGUUCUCAGCUGGUGAAUCAUGCCGUGCUCGUCAUCGGCUACGGCUCUUCGGAUGGGGAGGACUACUGGCUCGUGAAAAACAGUUGGGGUGUGCAUUUUGGUGACCAGGGCUACAUCCGGAUGGCGAGGAACCGUGGAAAUCACUGUGGGAUUGCCAGCUACGGUGCUUACCCCCAGAUCUAG